AGAGGCAUGGUCACAGGAGGCCGCCCACGCUAGCUCUCACCAGCUCAGUGCAGUCACACACACAGUAGGAGGAGGAGACUGGGGGGAAAGCAUUGGUUCUCUGCUUGGUUCAUGUCUCAGAUCAGGACGAGGAGGAUGGAGAAGUUAGGCAGCUUGUUUCUCAGGUGUGUGGUUUGGUUUGGACUGGCCUCCGCAUUGGAUUUCCAGCACCAUGGCUAUGAGGACAUGGUGAGAGCCAUGCUGAACGUGCAGAAUGAGUGUCCCUUCAUCACCAGGGUAUACAGCAUUGGGCGCAGCGUGGAAGGCAGACACCUCUAUGUGCUGGAGUUCAGUGACAACCCAGGGAUACAUGAGCUCUUGGAGCCAGAGUUCAAGUAUGUGGGGAACAUGCAUGGAAAUGAGGUCCUUGGCAGGGAGCUGCUGAUUCAGUUCUCCCAGUUCCUGUGUGAGGAAUACCAGGCUGGAAAUCCACGGAUAACGCAUCUGAUCCACGACACUCGGAUACACAUUCUGCCCUCCAUGAACCCUGAUGGAUACGAGGUGGCUGGUAAGCAGGGCCCUGACGCUAAUGGCUACCUCACAGGCAGGACCAAUUCCAGAGAUGUGGAUUUAAACAGGAAUUUUCCAGAUCUGAAUGCAAUGAUGUAUUACUUUGAGAAAAACGAUGGACCGAAUCAUCACAUUCCCUUACCAGAUAACUGGGAACAGCAGGUAGAGUCUGAAACACUUGCAGUGAUCAGAUGGAUGAAAAAUUACAAUUUUGUUCUCUCGGCUAAUCUGCACGGUGGAGCAGUUGUGGCAAAUUACCCUUUCGAUAAGUCUCGGGAGGCAAGGGUCAGAGGGCACCGUAAAACAAGUUACUCUGCUACAGCAGAUGACAAGAUCUUUAAAAAGUUGGCAAGGACCUACUCAUAUGCCCAUGGCUGGAUGCACCAAGGCUGGAAUUGCGGAGACUAUUUUGACGAGGGGAUCACAAAUGGAGCCAGCUGGUACUCUCUCUCCAAAGGCAUGCAGGAUUUUAACUAUCUCCACACCAACUGUUUCGAGAUCACCCUGGAGCUGAGUUGUAACAAGUUCCCAGCAGCGCAGGAGCUGCAGCGAGAGUGGCUGGGGAAUCGGGAGGCACUUGUGUCUUACCUGGAACAGGUUCACCUUGGCAUUAAAGGAAUGGUUUAUGAUGAAAAUAACAACGGCAUUAAAAAUGCAGUGAUUUCCAUAUCCGGGAUCAACCACGACAUCACCACAGGUGUCGAAGGGGAUUAUUUCCGGUUGUUGUUACCUGGAACUUACACAGUAACGGCAUCUGCAGAGGGAUACCAGCCCAGCAUCAGCACAGUGACAGUGGGGCCUGCAGAAGCCAUACAGUUACAUUUUUAUUUGAAAGCUGCUUCCCAGGAAACCACCAGUGAAACACAGAGUGCUGGGAACAACAAGAAAGACCCUCUACAUAAAAUGGCGCCCAGAUGAGAGACUCACUGAUACAUUCUGCAGAGCAAACAUCCUCAGCCUUCAUUGCAGAAAGAGAUCAAAUACGGACAGCCUUCUGCUUUAGAAAGAUAUA